AUGACUGGGAACAACGACUUCGAGACUCUCUUCGCUGUCCAGCUGUCCUGUGACGACUGUAUUGCAACCGUUUCAGAGCAACUCUACAAGCUGAAAGGCGUCACCAAAGUCGAGGGCAACCUAAAGGAGCAACACAUAUCAAUUAAAGGCUCGGCACCACCGUCCGCCAUACUUGAGGCCAUCCAGGCAACAGGUCGAGACGCCAUUCUCCGAGGAUCCGGUGCAUCAAACAGCGCUGCAGUUUGCAUCCUUGAAAAUUUCACUGACCGAGUCGUGGGGGAAAAUGAAAAUCACAAUCGCGAAGUGAAAGGGCUGGUUCGGAUGGUCCAAGUGAGCUCGACAAGAACAUUGGUCGACCUCUCGAUUCGAGGUGCUGCACCUGGGGCAUAUCGGGCCACAAUCCGCGAGUUUGGUGAUCUCAAGGACGGAGCAAGGUCUACUGGGCGCAUCUGGUCUGCCGGUGAGGAGGAAGCAAAGGGCUUGCUGGGUUCGGUUCAAGUUGACAGUGACGGCCGCGGUGCCACUUUCGUCGACCAACCUUUUCAGAUCUGGGAAACCAUUGGACGUGCCAUUGUUGUCACCAAGCAAGAAGAGCGCCCCGAGUGGUUGACAAAUGAUGAGGAUACAAUGGUUGGUGUCAUCGCGAGGAGCGCAGGCAUGUGGGACAACGACAAGACAGUUUGCUCAUGCACAGGAAAAACAUUGUGGGAGGAAAGAAAGGACGAGGUUAAGAAGGGAAUGCUGUGA